CUUCGACUCUGCGUAAUGCAGUAACAUCUAUAGCUUGUGAUGCUCUUUUGUUUAGUUGAGAACGUCAUGUUAUGAUCUGUUUACCUGUCAUAAUACAUAUAUAUAGAUUUGUGGGUUUCAGAUUAAAGAGAUUAUAGAAAAUCACUAACGACAAAUGAAAAAGUGUGCAGUAUGGGGCGUCCUGAAUUUCUGGUUUUAUGGGAAACAGAGUAAAAUUACCAGAAUUCAUGUUUAGAAGUAGAAAGUUUGAUGUUCAAACUGAAAAGCGUCCCAACUUUUCUAUACUUCGAAGCAAAUAUAGAAUUUUGUUGAGGUUGGUCUUGUUUUUGCUUUUACAUUCAAUAAUCAUAUUCCAGAUCUAUCCUCAGCUUCUCUCUAUUGUUUACUGGCAAUUAUAGGGAAAAGGCCCUACCAUGAAUGCAAUCACACCACAUGUAAAUAGUUGAUUCAAAGCCAAACAGACAACUUUUCGGUAAUUUUGCGACUGAAAAUGAAACUACACCAAAUAAUAAAGGCUAAAUGUAAGUUAGUACUUACUGAUUAAAGGAUAAAAUCUUUCCUAGUCCUUGUCAAUCAUAAUAGAUUGCAAUCAAGCCGCUCUAUAUUUAAUAAUAACACAGGGACUUUAUGGUAUAUCUAUAUAUAAAGAGAGUGGUUUCUCAAAUAGAAAGCUAGAUAACUUAAACUACAAACAAAGGCCAGCAAACUUAUAAGUAUGAGAUGAAAACAGUGCUGGUUGGUACACAACUGCAUCAUUAGUCAUGCCUUUCAAUGCUUUUUCCAUCAACCAAAUUCUGCUAUUUUUCUUGAUCUCUUCGCCGUUUUGCCAUUCAAUUGACUUCAAUUAUCCUGCAGUUUUCAAUUUUGGCGAUUCGAAUUCUGACACUGGGGGGCUUGUUGCUGGACUGGGAGAACACCUUGACCCUCCUAAUGGGCAAGCUUACUUCAAGAAUCCCGCAGGAAGGUUCUGCGAUGGACGUCUCAUUGUGGACUUCUUAAUGGACGCAAUGGAUUUGCCAUUUCUAAAUGCCUAUUUAGAUGCAGUAGGGGCACCCACAUUUAAAAAAGGAUGCAACUUUGCCGCUGCAGCAUCUAAGAUACUUCCAGCUACUGCAGCAUCAUUAAGUCCCUUUUCAUUUGGCAUUCAGGUGGCCCAGUUUCUUCGAUUCAAAGAUCGUGUUUUCCAACUACAAGCUAAAUCUAGAAAGUUCGAUAAGUACAUUCCCUCUGCAGAAUCUUUUGGAAAGGGACUAUACAUGUUUGAUAUAGGUCAAAAUGAUAUUGCCGGUGCUUUCUACUCACAAUCAUUGGACCAAGUUCUUGCAUCGAUUCCUACAAUAUUGUUGGAAUUUGAAACUGGAAUCAAGAAAUUAUAUGAUAAAGGAGCAAGAAACUUGUGGAUCCACAACACAGGUCCUCUCGGGUGCCUCCCGCAGAAUAUUGCCAAAUUUGGGACAGAUACAUCAAAGCUCGAUGAGCUUGGAUGUGUAAGCGCACAUAACCAAGCUUCAAAACUCUUGAACUUGCAGCUUCAUGCACUCACCACAAAGCUAAAGGCUCAGUUGUCAGAGGCAAAUAUCACUUACGUCGACAUUUACACAAUAAAAUCCAAUCUCAUUGGAAACUACUCAAGAUAUGGAUUUGAACAGCCCUUGGCUGCUUGCUGUGGCUACGGAGGAUUGCCUUUGAACUACGACAGCAGAGUUGCUUGUGGACAAACUAAAGUGAUCAACGGAAGCACGAUUACUGCAAAUGCAUGCAGUGAUAGUACUGAGUAUGUCAACUGGGAUGGAAUUCAUUACACUGAAGCUGCGAACCAGCAUGUUUCAUCACAAAUACUCACUGGAAAAUAUUCCGACCCGCCAUUUGCUGAUAAGAUGCCAUUUCUUCUUAAGCUCAAGUUCUGAACCCAAGAUAUACUAAUCAACAUUCUUUGUAUUUCUCAUAUGUUAUUCCACAAUGAUAUAGUAACUAACUAAUGGAAGUAAUGAAAAUCAUGUCAUUUUAUGUCGAUGAAAGAAAUACUCAUUUGAUCUUA